CGCCAUCAUCGUCCUCGUUCUCUCUCUCUCUCCGAUGAGCUUCUACAAGAGAUUCGAGCUCAUGGAUCCCUUCUCACGGCUCUUCUUCUACCGCGAGACCUCCAUCUUCAAGCACUCGCAUCAUCCCUCCAUUGACGACCUCGAGGAUGAGCUCGGCCUCGCACUAGACCUCCUGAACCCCAUUUCGAUCCCCACACCUUCUCCUUUCCAUUUUCCUUUGGGUUUCUUCGAGUGCGCUGCCGAUCUUGUCCUCAGCGAUCGAAUGGAGGCGCAGCUCCGCCAGGAAGAGACGAAGGCGCACCUCCAGAGCCUUAGCGAUCGCGUGGCCCAGCUAGAGCUGGAUUUUUUCCGGGAAAUGAGAGUAAAACCUGUGGAUUAUGGCCGUAGGUGCAGAUGGAUGACGGAAUUCAAGGGGGGCGAAAGGGAUGGGAUGGAUCAGAAGUACAAGUGGAUUGAGGCGAAGCGCGAAGGUGAUAAGAAUGUGAAAUGGAUGGCUGGAAUCAGUUCGAAGGGCGAGCCAUCGUCCCGCGCGUAUACAUUCCCAUCGUCGAUGGCGCCGAGGCACUCCGAUGCCAAGGAGAAGAUGGGCAAGAAGCAAACUGGAACUAGUAUUACGAAACGAGUGCUGGAGAUUGAAGAGCCUGUGAAUCCAGGCUGCAUUAUGUUAAAGAAGGCUUUUGCAAAGAGGCCCUUUGGCCAUUAUAAGGGUAAGAGGAAGGAACAUUCACCACAGGAUGCGGCAUUGCUUAUUCAGAUGAGUUUCAGAUCUCAUUUAGUUCGACGUGCUCAGAUGCUUCACGGCCUCCGUGAAGUGGCAAUUGCCAAAGCCAAGCUGAAGGAGAUUAGAGCUUUAUUUUCCAAUUUCUCUUAUCGUCGACGCAUAGAAAAUAAUGCAGAAGAGCGCCAAAGGUUCUCUGAGAAAAUUAUUGUCCUCCUCCUUACUAUUGACGUCUUAGAGGGAGUGGAUUAUAUAAUUCGAGCUGCAAAGAGAUCAAUGACGAUGGAGCUGGAGGCCAUGUUGGAGGUGGUGGAUCCCCAACCCCCGGGGAGGCUGGGCUCCAUGAAGCGCAGGCAGUUUGAUUUACCGGCAGGCCAAUCCAUCUCCAAGGAAAUGGCAUUGGGUGUUGAAGAGGUUGUCCAGAUGCUGGAUGAAGAGGGUAUACAUCAAAGGUAAUGUACUGCCACUGCUUGGCCUUUCCCUCAGUUUUUCUUCUUCCAAAUAUUGAUUUUACAACUUUGUCAUUUGCUUGAAGAAUAUGCAUGUUGGGGAGUCUUAAUGUAGGUUCUCUCCAAAAUGCUCUCCUUAUGUUUGUCUACCAACUGUUAAUUGAAUGUUUUACUAAUCAUUUGUUGCAAUCUUUCUAGUUAAUAUAUGA